CGCGCCCGCCCCUCUCUCUCUCCCUCCCGCGCCCCUCCCUGCCCCGCCGCCGCCGUCGCCGCUCCCCGCACUCGCUCCUCCUCCCCCCGCAUCUCCCUCCCUCCCACGCAGCCGCCUCUCUCCCUCGCUCGCUCCUCAUCUGGCGACGGCGGCGGCGGCUCCCGCGCCCGCGUUCUUCCUCCCACCAACCACGGCGCUCCUCCGCAUCGCCAUGGACGAGCUUGAGCUCGAGGUGCUCCUUCUCUGCCCAGAAGCCCAAGGGCGUUGCGGGGCGGCAAGGGCUCAGCCUCAACCCGCCAACCCUAGCUGCCCCCACGCCGCCGCCGGCUCCUUCUCCCGGCCUGCCGGAUCCCGUCGUCCGCAUCCCCGGCGUCGUUGCCAUCGCCGUCGUCCUCGCGUGCACUCGGCAGGAGAAGCGGAGCACGAGUCGAGGUGUGCCACCCCCGAUUCUGCAGUGCGCCCGAUGGCUGCUUCUGCAACAGCAAUGAAGGGAGGGAGGGAGCACCGAAGACCACGCAAAGAAGGAGACGCCUAGGCCGCUGCAAAGUAGGAAGAGAAACAGGCCAGCCGACCACCUCUCUUGCCGUCUAGGUCGUCGCUGAUCUAUGCAUUCAGAGGAUUUUUGUGAUGUUGCUGCUGCAUGUUUGCGUUUUUUAGUUUUUCUUUGUUCGUUUCUUCUUUUUGGUGUGGCGGGUGAGCUGAUUUGGGGCUUAAUUUCUUAUGUGACAAUGAAGAGAGGCACAAUACUAGAUAAGGUGUGAUCUAUUUCCUGACGUAUCCCUAUAACAAGUUCUUAUGUUCAGUACAUUCACUUGGUUGAUUAGUUUGAUUUACUCCCUUAGGUUGAUAGGAUUUUAUUGCAGUUUUUGUACAGUUCUUUUAUUCCACUUAGGGAUAAAAAGUGCAAUAUAAAAUUUCAUUGAACAAUCUGAACUUAGAGCGGAUCAUUUUGGUGCUGAAUUUGUCUAUCCGAACUUUAGUUGUAUAGAAAUUAUCUCGAUGAGUGAUAUACUAAUAUCCACUGAUGUAUCAUAUGCUUUCGAUGUUUCUCUGCAGGAGUAGCUUGCACCUUAGUUGGAUGGUGAGGUUGCCGAGCGACCAAGUGAGCACCAUUAUUUCUGCCCUCUCUGCAUCGGCGACUAACUACACCAAGAACUGAUGCUAGAACCAUCUUCCCUGUCAUGUUAUGUAAUAUGGUAGGUUUGUCAGUUAUGAUUCAAUCACUUUCAAUCUCAAGUAAUACCAGUGGAUCUGCAAGGAAAUAAAUUUGUUCUGUGACCAAGGUGUCAGACAAAGCUACUCGCAAUGCUUUUUGAAAGCCAUGAAAGUGAUUUGCAGAAGUUGUUCACUUUAACCAGCCAAAUCAAAGAUCAAAAUAAAGACACUGGAUCCAACGACUGCAAAAAUAAUAUAAAUGUUGGCUCUGUUCCACAGGGCCCAGUGGUGCUAGAGGAGGCGUCGUUCUACUACAAAGCUCCGGUCAACAAGAACUUCUCCAAGAAAGAUUGGACAGUUUGUUGCUGUUACGCUCCUUCUCUCCCUUCCUCCAAGCGCUCAAGGAGCAGCGACAAGAGCAACACGGCCCGUCAACGUGUUUGGCCCUCUUUGAGGCCUAACCUCACCAAACUUUGCUACACUUACAUCAUGAGGGAACGAAGCAGAUGCGUCCAUCGCAACACUCAAGCAAAUCAGAUGACAAGGUGUUUGGAGCAAGCUAAUCAUAGCCAACUACAUAGUUUAGUACUAUGUUGUAUUAAAGCAGUGUAAACAACUUAUAUGGCCUGCUUUUGGUAUAUCGUAUCAAACCUUGAUCUUUAGGUAUUUCAUGCUACAUUUUUUAACAAAUGCACCAAUGGUUUGUAACGAGAUUUGAUGUUUUGCAUUGGACCAUUACUGCUGUAAGUAAAUAUUAUCUUCUGCUUUUUGAGUAAUACUACCAGGAGUUGGAUCGUUAGACUGAA